CUCCCUCCUCUUAAUUGAUAAUUGUAAUAUUGGGGGAUCUGGAGCCAGAAUAAGGACGAGAAAAUGUACGUCGUUCCUCCGCCUCAGGGUUCCGAUCCGAGCGCCGCAGCCGGAGGCGAUGGCUCAAAGAACCUCAGGACCUACCAGGCCUGGAAAGGCAGCAAUAUAUUCUUUCUACAAGGAAGGUUUAUAUUUGGUCCAGAUGUUAGAUCGCUGGUGCUUACCAUAUUCCUUAUUGUUGCUCCUGUUAUAGUUUUCUGUGUCUUCGUUGCCAAAAAACUGAUGGAUCAUUUUUCUCACCACUUGGGAAUAUCGGUAAUGGUUGUUGCUGUUGCAUUCACAAUAUAUAUUUUAGUUCUUCUUCUGUUAACCUCUGGACGAGAUCCUGGUAUUAUACCUCGAAAUGCACACCCUCCAGAACCAGAAGGCUAUGAUGGGAAUGCUGAAGUUGGGGGUGGGCAGACUCCACAAUUACGUUUGCCUCGCAUGAAGGAUGUUGUUGUUAAUGGCAUCACUGUUAAGAUCAAGUACUGCGACACUUGCAUGCUUUAUAGGCCUCCUCGUUGUUCACACUGUUCAAUCUGCAAUAAUUGUGUUGAACGAUUUGACCACCAUUGCCCCUGGGUGGGACAGUGUAUUGGGCUGAGGAAUUACAGGUUCUUCUUCAUGUUUGUCUUCUCAACGACUCUGCUUUGCAUAUAUGUAUUCGGAUUCUGCUGGGUCUACAUCAAGACGAUCAUGGAUUCUGAUGACGUAUCAAUCUGGAAAGCAAUGACAAAGAGCCCUGCAUCCAUUGUGCUGAUAAUAUACACCUUCAUAUCAGUAUGGUUUGUUGGUGGCCUUACUGUGUUCCAUUUAUAUCUCGUUAGUACAAACCAGACUACUUACGAGAAUUUCAGAUACCGAUAUGAUAGGCGAGCCAACCCAUAUAACAAGGGAGUGAUAGAGAACUUUAAGGAAAUAUUCUGCACCAGCAUUCCUCUAUCUAAAAACAAUUUCAGGGCUAAGGUUCCACUGGAGCCGGCAUUGCCUCCACGCACUGUGGGUGGGGGUUUUAUGAGUCCAAACAUGGGUAAAGCUGUUGGAGACAUAGAAAUGGGUAGGAAGCCAGUGUGGAGAGAAGCUGGGGCUGGGAUUGGUGAUUUUGGAGGGCAGCUCCGCCACGACAACGGACUGAAUAACAAAGAUGGUGGGCUUGAUGAUGUAUCCCCAGAUUUAAGUCGGAGUCUUCCUGAAGAGAGUACAGAGGGGCGUGCAAUACAUCCCAGACGCUCUAGUUGGGGCAGGAAAAGUGGUAGCUGGGAAAUUUCACCUGAAGUUCUUGCUUUGGCAGCAGGAGCAGGUGAGUCGAACCGUUUUGGUGGUGACAGCAGUGCUAGUCAGACAGCCGGAAACCGGCAUUCUUAAACAGAUUCUAGGCUCUGGAUAAGGAAUACAUGAAAUGGGCGGAACAAAGAGAGAAAGAAGGGUUUGUUGUGGGUGUGGACUGUGGACUGGUUUUUUUAGAUGUUUCAUGCUUUUUUCUUAGCGACCAGCAUCAGUAAAUUGAUCCAGGUUGGUAGUGAAGGCUGAUGGCAACUUGACAGCCUUGAACUCGGAUGCCGUGCUUCAAAUCAUUGCUUUGAAAGAAAUGUUAAAAGAGUGAGUGUGAGGAUCCAUCUGUGAGUUUCACACUUGCUUUGUCAAAUGUUCAUGUUAUUGCUGUGUUAGCUUUUGGGGUUGAACUUGCUAAGUAGGGGUGUUGAUAGAAGGUGGAACAGGUUGAAUUGUAUGUCUUGAAGGAAUCGUGUGCCACUACGAGUUGUUUCUCUUCUU